GCAAGAGCACAAUGGUCGCAAGCACGGACGUCGACGCGACCUUGCCGCGCGAGGCCGCGCCGACCGUAGCGCCGACGUACUGGUGCCACGAGUGCGCAUCCAACGUCACGACGAUCUUCAACGUCGAGUCGCACGAGCUCGAAUGCCAGGGCUGCGGCGGCUGCUUCGUGGAAGAGCUCGAAGAGGACGCUGCGGACCGGCCUCAGAACUUUGUGCCACCGGCGGCCGAGCCUCCGCGCGACGACGAGCAAGACGCGCUGCCUCCUGAGAUGUUCCGUCUGGAGCUACCUGGCCGGCGCCCCCGUGACGCCGAUCGCGCCGCGCCGAACGAGGCCAACACACCAUACGCACAGGCGCUUCCUCGCCGAGAGGAAGGGCGCCGCGGAGGACCGCUGUUUGAGGCGACGUCCAACGGCGCCGCCCGUACGACGCGGAACCGCAUCUUCACGCGCACCGGCACCGGCCACCCUGUCGAAGUGUACAUUUCAGGCGGCAAUGCAAUCGGCGGCUCGGGCCUUCUGAACGCGAUCGGGUCGAUGCUCCAGAUGCAACCCGGGCAAGGUGCCCCCGCAACCAUUGGUGACUACGCCUUUGGCAACAUCUCGACUAUCAUCAACCACUUGAUGCAGAACGAUCCGAACCAGCAUGGCGCGCCGCCAGCCUCCAAGUCGGUCGUUGAGAGCCUGCCCGUUGUGCACAUCACCGAGGAGGACGUGGCCAAGAACCAGGACUGCGCCGUGUGCAAGGACAUGUUUGCCCUCCACGACGAGAUCCGAAGGCUGCCCUGCACCCACGACUUUCACCCGGACUGCAUCCUGCCCUGGCUGGCCCAACACAACUCAUGCCCUGUCUGUCGCUUUGAGCUGCCCACGGACGACCAAGAGUACGAAAACCACAAGCACGCCAACCGCGCGCCAGCACCAUCGAGCAGCCGCGCGUCGUCGUAG